ACAAUACAUGGGGAACUAUGAGAAAAGAUCAAGAGGAAUUUGUACUUACACAAAGGAGGUCGUGGUGGAUCUCCAGUUGGCUGCCAUCCUGGUGUCCCACCUCACUCUCCUAUCUUAUAAAAGCAGAAAACAAAAUCCUGAAACCCAUCAAAGUGAAGUUUACUCAAGGAUAUGUUCCCAUAUCUAAUGGCAACUACAUAUGGACUCUUGGCUUUAAUGAAAGAGAAAGCUCAUCUGACCUGUCAGCCUCUGGAGUUCAAUGCCAUCAGGUCCCACUGGUGCUGCUACAUGGUUUUGGGGGCGGAGUGGGUCUGUGGGUAAAAAAUCUAUCUGCCCUUGCAUUGGAAGGAUGGCCCAUGUUUGCACUGGACAUGUUGGGUUUUGGACGCAGCAGUCGACCGACUUUCGGCAGGGAUGCCAAGGAUGCAGAGGAGCAGUUUGUACAAGCCCUGGAGGACUGGAGAAAAGCCGAAGGGUUGGAAUAUAUGAUUCUUCUUGGCCAUGAUCUUGGAGGAUAUGUGUCUACUGCAUAUGCCCUGAAAUAUCCUCACAGAUUGAAGCACUUGGUGUUGGUGGAGCCAUGGGGUUUUGCAGCAAGACCAAAUGUUCAGGAGCAUUGGGUUCCCAUCUGGAUUAAAGUAUUCGGGGCAGCAAUGAAUCCAUUUAACCAUCUUGGUCUGCUUAGGCUGGCAGGCCCAUUGGGUCCUUUGUUGCUACAGCUUUUGCGAUCAGAUUUUAAGCAGAAAUAUGCUUCUGUAUUUGCCGAUGACACAGUGGCUGAUUACAUAUACCAUGUGAACGCACAAACAGCCAGCGGUGAGACGGCGUUUAAAAACAUGACAAUUCCAUACGCAUGGCCUCAGCACCCCAUGAUGAAUCGUGUGGAGAUGAUCAGUCCCUCUCUUCCCAUGACCUUCAUCUAUGGAUCACGUUCCAGCAUCGAUGGCCAAUCAGGAAAAGCCAUUCAAGAAAUGAGACCCAACUCACACACAGAAAUCAUAGUCAUUCAGGGUGCAGGUCACUACGUAUUCGCGGACCAAUCGGAGGACUUCAACCAGGCUGUGCUCAAGAUAUGCAAUAAUGUCAAGCACAAUGGGAAGGAUGAAUGAGAAAGAGAGAAAAAUGAGCAAAAAUUGCAUGGUGGAGAGGGUAGGCUAUAUGAGCCCAAGUCAUGUACGGGACAGGAGGAUUAGAUGAAGGUGUGGAAUGAGAGCCAGAGGAAGAGGAUAUAUAGAAAAUAUAAAGGAAAAAAGAUUAAAACUUGCUCGAUCAUUUAUAACUUUUUGCCAGCGUGCUUUACAAAAUACAUAGGCCUAUGCGUAGGUAAAUACUCAUGUAACAUGUUAUAUGACCACGACAAAGUAAUUUAUUUAAAUUAGGAAAAUCUCCAGUACUUCUGAAUAUUUCAGUA